ACUGUUCGACGGGAGGGCGGUUUUGCAGCAUGUGCAACACAGUAAAAAAAAGAAGACAGAAAGAUGGCGGUCACUAAAAAAAUCUGUCCUCAGUCUUUGCCUUGCCGUGUCAACUGUCCACGAAAGCCGUGUUUUCAAGGGAGACUCUUCAUCCUCCUCUGCGUGCUUAUAGUGGACUCCGGAGGAGCUACGACUCACUGGGUUGUCACAGAGGAUGGAAAAAUCCAACAACAAGUUGACUCUCCUUUAAACCUAAAGCAUCCACAUGAUGUUGUGAUCUUCAUGAGACAAGAGACGCGUGUUAACUACCUCAAAAAGCUGGAGAAACAGCUUGUGGCACAGAAAAUUCACAUAGAGGAGAAUGAGGACAGAGACACAGGGCUGGAGCAGAGACACUACAAAGAAGACACAGACUGUGUCAUGGCUAAGGUUCCCCUGGGUGACCUGGACUUAUAUGACGGCACUUAUAUCUCAUUAGAAGGAAAAGAUAUCAGUCCUGAAAACUAUGUGGAUUCCAGGUCAACUCUGCCUGUUGAUCUAGAAAGACCUGAAUGUGCAAAAGUGUUUGAACUACCUUUUAGUAUCCAUGCUUUCCAGCACCUCAGGGGUGUGCAGGAACAGGUUAAUCUAACCUCCCCACUUCUUUCUAAAGAAGAUCCCAUUUUUUUGGCAUUGUCUCAUAAACUGGGCCGAACCGUUGAUGAGAUUGGCCAUCGCAUUCAUCAAGGCCUACUAAGGAACUCAUCAUCCUGGGUGCUGUACAACAUGGCCUCAUUUUACUGGCGUAUGAAGAAUGAGCCUCAGAGGGCAGUGGACUGUGUGGCGCGUGCUCUGCAUUUCUCUCCCAGGCAACACAAGGAUGUGGCUUUGGUCAACCUGGCCAACAUCCUGCACAGAGCCCAUUUCUCAGCAGAUGCUGCUAUUCUCGCCCAUGCUGCCUUGGACCUCACCUCUGAUCUUUUUACCAGCCACUACACCUUAGGCAAUAUUUAUGCUAUGCUUGGGGAAUACAACCAUUCAGUGCUCUGUUAUGAGCAGGCUCUUCAGGCCCGGCCAGGCUUUGAGCAGGCCAUGAGGAGGAAGCAUGCUGUGCUCUGUCAGCAGAAGCUGGAACAGAGGCUGGAAGCCCAGCACAGAUCCUUGCAGAGGACUUUGAAUGAGCUGAAGGAAUACCAGAAGCAGCAUGACCACUACCUUCGCCAGCAAGAGGCACUGGACAAACAUAAGCUGCUCCAGGAAGAGCAGAUCCUGCGCAAUAUAAUCCAUGAGACCCAAAUGGCUAAAGAAGCCCAACUUGGGAACCAUCAGAUGUGUCGGCUGGGUCAGCAGCAGCGCAGCCUAUUUUGCCCUUUUGACCUACCUGUCCGCUAUCACCGGGGAGACUUGUUUGAACAUGUCCACUAUGUCCAAUUUGGGGAGGAGGUGUCAGUAGCAUCCAGCGUCUCACUUGUAUCUGAGCGUAACACUAAUCAGACGGUAGCAAUUCCUGAGCUCCAUCCCUCUGUCUCUGGGGACCAAGACCCUGCUGCUGCCCUGUGGAGCAGUCAUCAGGACAACACACAGGACAUACAGCGGAUGUUGUGGCCUCAGAGGACCGACUGUGCCCAAGAGUACCCAAGUGUUCCUCCUCCACACCUGCUUCCAACUUACCACCUUCCACCUGAGGCUCAGACUCUCAGCCCUUUGGCGUCACUCCUCUACGGGAACAGCGAUCCGUCUCAGACGGUGGCUGUGCCAGACUGUGGGCCCGUCCCUCAGCCAUAUCCAGCCCUCCUGCCAGGCUCACUGGACUGGUCGCUGGAGGAAAAGAGGUUGCCGGAUCCAUUUGCCUCCCAGAUCUUGCACUUACGCAGUGGAGGAUGGACACUUGAACAAACUGGCUCCAGAUUGGCAGAAGCUAUGAAGCAGGCCACUAUACCCCGCUGGCAGAUCCACAAUGAGGCAGCUCUAUUCUGGCGAGCCAAAGGCAAUGGCAGCCAAGCCCUACAGUGUAUGCGCCAGGUGUUGAACUCGGUUCCACCUUCCCAGCGUCACUUGCCCUUCACCAACGCUGCUAACCUGCUGCUACACUACGGCUUGACCUCCCAAGCACAAACGCUGCUGGAGCAAGCAUUGGCCCUCAAUGAGCCAGAGCCCCACACUCAGCUCAGUAUGGUGAGUCUACGAUUGGCCCAGGACAAUGUGACAGGUGCUCUGGCCCUGUUCCGCCACGUCCUGGUAACCGCACUCUCCUCUUCCUCUUCCUCCUCAUCCUUUGCCGGCUGUGAGCAGUGUCGGUCGUGUCUACCUCUGCUGCGUUGUCUCCAGUUUUAUCCAGUCCUUUACAAUCUUUCACACCGACAGCUCUGCCCACAGGGAGCUGUUGCCUGUAUGUUGGAGGAGGACUUGAAUAUACAGCUGGAGGAAUGGGAGGGGGAAAAGCCAGAUGCAACUGUAAUUUCUCCAGUUGAAAACUCAUUGCUUUUUGAAAAGGUUGUCCUGGACAGCAACGGGUCAGGCAAAACAGCUGGACAGCACCUGGUUUCUUCCUCUCCCACAGGAAAAGCUAAAUUUUCCACAGCAUUUGGAGGUGGAGAAGUGGAAGGGGAGGAGGAGUGGCAGCUGAAGGAAGACCUGAUGGGAGCAUUUGAGGGCGCACUGGAUGUUUCAGGCAAACGAGGGGACCUGCGUGGUAUACGGGUGCUGAAGAAUGACCGUGUGAUGGGCUCCCGUGCCAGCGGUGGCCCCUGCUUUGGAAACUGUGAAGAUGACGAGGGAGCAGAGUGGAUCACCUUCCAGGUAAAGCGGGUCAGGAAGGCUAAAGCGGACGGGACAGAUAGUGUCACCAGCUCUGACGACGGCCAGCAUGAGGAGUUGUUGCCAGGAGGACACUCUGUCCUGGAGAUCAGCGGGCCAACUAUUCCGUCACCUGGUCCUUCAGGUCGCUGGAGGGACUACACAAGUCUUGGCUGGCCUGGGCCGGAGGAGUGCCAGCGAACAAGAAGAGUAGACUUGACCACUGUGGCCAGCACCUGGUUAGCUGUGUCUGCCAAGAACAUUGACAUCACAGACCACAUAGACUUUGCCACGCCACUCCAGGAGCCCGCAGCUGAACCUUUAUGCAACGCCAACCUUGCCGCAAGCAUGCACACCCUGGACCACCUGGCAGGAGUGGCCAAUCGUGCUGCCAUCCACUAUACUGGAGAGAGUCAACUACGUGAGGUCCUGCAGAACCUCGGCAAAGAUAAGUUCUCCCCCCAGUCCUUUGAGCAGGUGGGAACACGUAUCGCUAAAGUACUAGAGAAGAACCAGACAUCAUGGGUGUUAUCCAGCAUGGCUGCUCUUUACUGGAGGGUGAAAGGUCAAGGCAAGAGAGCCAUUGACUGUCUGCGGCAGGCAUUAAACUACGCCCCCCAUCAAAUGAAGGAUGUGCCCCUUAUUAGCCUGGCCAACAUUUUCCAGAAUGCUCGCCUGUGGGAAGAUGCUCUUACGGUGGCACGUAUGGCAGUAGAGAUCGCCCCACACUUUGUUGUGAACCACUUUACCCUAGCCAACGUUUACAUAGCAAUGGAGGAGUUUGAAAAAGCCAUGCACUGGUACGAGUCCACUUUGAAGCUGCAGCCUGAGUUUGCCCCCGCCAAAGAUCGUUUGAGAACCAUUCAGUGUUACCUUCUCACCAAGAGGGAUCGCCGUCAGCCCUAAAAUGCACUGCUAGUUUAAAUAGACGAAGUCCCACAAUCAUAUACACACAUACACACAUACAUCUGUUUAGUACCUGCAGCAAACAUGAAUAUUUCAAAAACUCCAAUGUGGAAAAAAGCUGAGGCAUCAUGAUUUAUACCUCGUUGUAUUGGGCUUUUAUCAUCUACCUCUAGCUUUUAGAAUUAGGGUUGGACGCAGAAAACAAGUAGAAAACUGUGCUGCACAACUGGCUUCCAACAGCAGAACCAAACCAGUCAGAUCCAGUUUAAACUGUCAAGUGGAGAAGCAUCACCAUAUAGCACUGCAACAGGGAGAUGGAACCAUGUUUUAAUUUAUGGUUUUAAUUUGAAAAGAAAAAAAAUGCUAUUUUAAUGCCAUUCAACAUGAUUUGCUUAAAUACUUUUGCUGGGGUGGUGAGCAAUACACUUCUCAAAUCAGAGAUGAGGUGAGACAAUUUAAAUUGCAUUUUCCCAAAUCACUUCUGCCUUGUAAAAUGAAUUGGAAUUUUAAUUUUUGCACUUUUUACCUAUCAUUCCUAUUUAUGUGGGACCUACAAUGAUUUUACUCCAAGCUAAUUUAAAAACAACACAAAGGAAAUUAUAUUAAAAUGCUAUUUACAUGUGCUUCUUAACUAAAGAAAUCUUAAGGUUAAAAAAACUUGCCAUUGACCACCUAUUAAAAACAUGCAAAACUCUAAUAUUGUACAGUAUUAAAGGCAGCAUUUGGGUUUUA